CCUGGGAGGACCAACACCAGGAAGAGGGGACAGGACAGAGCACAUCUCAGAAGACGCAGGUCGGGGGGAGGAGAGAGGCUGUGGGCUCUGGGGGGACACUCUCCCUGGGGCCCCCAGCAGUUCAUGGACCUUCCCGUCCCCAGGCGCGGCCCCUGCAGGCCCCUGUUCCUUGUGGUGGCAGCCAGCCUGCUGGCCUGUGGGCCGCGCCAGGCCUCCGGGCAGCUCUUCAUCAGCCCAGACUCACUCACUGCCGUUGAGAGACACAGGAAUAUCCUGGCCCUGGAGAACGUGCCCGAGGGUGUUCAGGAAUACAGCUGGUACCGGGGCGCAGAGGACAGCGCGGACACCAUGAUCAUCAGCUUCAGGCCCCCCGAUUCCAACGUCCCUGGGCCCUUGUACAGCGACCUGGUGACGGUGACCAGCAAAGGCUACCUGUCCUUCAGGAAGUGCACCUUAAAUGACACGGGGAACUACACGGUUCGGGUGGACACUGGCCACGGGACCCAAAGAGCCACUGGCUGGCUGGAGGUUCUAGAGUUGGGUCCCCCACCGGUCAUCUCGGCCAACGCCAGCUCCGUGGUGGAGAACCUGGAUUCCGUGGCGGCCGAAUGCCACACCAACGCCUCCCACAUCGAGUGGUACCGGAACAGCGUGCCCGUCUCGGCCAGUCAGCGCAUAGCCAUAUCUGCAGACGGCAGGACGCUGGUCAUCCGCAGGGUCAGCCGCCAUGACAGGACCUUGCAGUGCGUCAUACAGAGAUACGAGAGCUUCCCAGACAUUCUUCAGAAAAGUGACACCGUCUCUCUGACUGUGGCCUGUGAGUGCUCUGGGGGGUGGGCGAGAGGCCAGGGGCAAGGCCUUCCUGGGACGUGGCCAGGAGGUAGGCAGAUCAGGAGAGCCAGCAAGCCUGCUGGGUUCGGGUUCGAAUCCCGGCUCCGGAUCUUCUGCUCUGGAUCUGGAACUGCCCCCACCCUACUCAGCACCAUGCUGCACUCUGUUUUUAAGGGGAACCUGUGUCCCCAUUUCUGUGAUUAGCAAUGGACCCUGGGAGGUUCCUGAGCUCUGGCUUUGUACAGAGGGGGCUGCUUACAAGAAAGCGGUUCUCAGAGGAUCAGUUUGAGUUGAUUCCGUCGAUUAAGUUUCCAAGCCUGUGGAGGUGCACAGAGACCAGCACACUCCCUGGCCUGCGGCACACCAACCUGCGCUGUCACAGGAGGCCAUCUCCCUGGGACUGAG